AUGAAAGAUAUGAUACCUGGAGAGGACGGCGACAAAGCAUUUGUGUUUUUGUCAGGAAGAAUACGCCCAUUUGAUGAGGCGGACGUAAAUAAAAUUCACCUCAGGUAAGCUCAUUUAUUAUUUAAUAUUCAAAAUAUUUCCCCGUUUCUGCUUGGCUUAAAUCUUGACAACCAGCUAGCGUUGACCAAAUUUGGAAGACGUUUACGAUAUCCAGAAAAUGACGUCAAUAGUUCAGCGUAGUGAUGAGAGUUUGAGUCGUUUUGGAAGAAGCAGUACAAAAUGGUGGAACAUCCAUCACUGUGCGUACUUUUUAAGAACAGACCAAUCUGAACAGUCAUCAUUUAUAGUUGAAUUCUCUCCGGUGACUGGACAGUUCUGGUUUCAAGGUUACAAGGAUUACGCGGCACUAGUAUCAUGCAUGUUUUUCUCUUACAUUUUAACAGGUUAUUAGAAGGCGAUAUUCCGUUUAACACUGAAUUGCGAAUUCGUCUCGUUGAUGGCGAAGACCUAGCACAAGUGGAAUUUCGAAACACCUUGACACACACUAACAGAACGCGUUUGUUGUGUAAAUUUCACUUAAAGUUGCCCUCCCGCAAAAUGCCCCGCGCGGUAAGUGUAAAUUAUCACUUUAAGCUUGAGCAUUUCAACUGUUCAAAUCUCUUACCAGUUGAAAAAUUCCCUGUCAGUUAUUUAAUGGAGAUUAGCCAAUGUUUAACAAAUCCACCAGUACCUCGUUCUAAGUCAUUUUCAGUUUGCCCAACGCUAUUAUCUAAACACCGUCUAUAUGAACAAUUUCGUGAAAACUUAUAGUGUAGACUAGAAAAGUAUUUAUCUGGAGAUUCCAUGAUUUCCGCGGCCUAAGUUAGAUUUCGUUUACAUACCCAACCCUUUGUAUUGCAACUUAUGAGUGAACGAGCAGAUUGCUCAAGAUACACUGUAGUUGUAAGUUGCUUCUUGUAGAAUUUUUGCCUGUUCAAGCAAUGAAAACGUUUACUCAAAUUGUUGCAGGUAUUAAAAUUAAAAUAAUGCCAUUUAAAAGACAAUCAAGACUUUCUUCUUAAUAAUGAAAAUAGUAACAUUUCCAGUGGGUAGCGUGAGAAAACAGACGACAUUUCGCGACGCAACCACUGUUUUCUGGGCGAAAUGACGUCUGAAAAACGAGUGUAGAAGUUCCAUACUGAUGAGGUGAUUUUACCUAGAUCUGAGUAGUGCUUCUGAUCGGUUGAAGCAAAUUUCCAUCCAAUAAGAAGCACUACCCAGAUCUGUAAAACCUCUUAGUUCCUCACGAUAACAGAGUCUUUCUUACCCUGAUUCGCAAUCAAGGUGUCUGUAUGCUAUUCAGUAGUUAUAAUUUUCUACCUUUUAUGCCUUUCCAGGCAGAUCAGGAUUUGAGGGAGCUUGUGCGACAGCCUGGUAAGUUUUCAGUUUUUCAUUAUAUAUUUCCACUUCUUUUCCUCAAAUUUCAUUCAGUUUAAGUUUGAAGAUAUUGCCCUAUGAUCGUCAGUAAGCUGUGUCUGCAAGGUUAGCUUGUUUUAGCUCAUCCUGCAGAGCCUUUCUCUCGCUUGCUCAAUUUUGGCGUACUAGAGAAAGACUGCAUGAAUCGAGUAAGGUCUUUGUUGAGCAUCCGCGGCAUGUUGCUUCAGCGGGCUCGGUUAAGACCAUCGGUUUAUCGAAAAACGGAUGCUCGCACACGAAAAAACCAGUUUGAUGAGAGGGAACAAGUUGGGCUGUGGCGACCGCAGAGGUUUGAUGCGAUUCAGGCAGAGCCUCCUCUUCUCCUCCACACUCAAGAAGACAAAGGAAGGCUCUGCUCGCAGGAUGAGAAAAAAGAUGCUUGAGAAAGACUCUGCAAAAUAAGAUCUUUGUUGAGAAUGCGAGGCAUGUUUCGAGGAUAUAGUUUAGGUCUAAUAGCGGCGCACUUGCUACUGCGGGCUCGAUUGUGACCAUCGCUUUAUCAAAUAGCGGGUACUCGCACUCGAAUAAACCUGUUUGACAAAAGAUCGAUUCAGUCCAGAAGUUUGAGCUGCGGUGACUUCAAAGGUUUGACGCCAUUCAGGAAGGGUCUCCUUUUUUCCUCCUCACUCAAAAAGACAAAAGGAGGAGGCUCUACUCGCAGGGUGAUCUUACCUUUGCUAGAAGAAGUCUUUUUUUUUCUGGCCAAAACCUUCGUUCCCUGUAUGUAUUUAGUUAUUGUCUUUCUGGCUUCUUUCCUACUGUUAAGGUCUGUUUAAGAGUAUUUUAAUCGUAAUAAAACACGAACUGUGAAUUAUUAAACAGCUUUAAAAACCUCUGUCUUAGGUCUGUUUAUUUUUCGAGUAUUCUUUAGAGAAAAUCUCAGUUUAAAACAUAACUGUGUUUUACACAUUUAAAGCUCAUUAAGCAUUAGUUUCUUUUCUACUUUUACGAAAUAUUAAUGAGUUUUUGAAAGGUUUCGUAAGGACGUUUCUGUAGUUGAGGUACUGCCCACUCUAGCACUAGCCACUUUAACAAGUAUUAGCUAAGUGCAAACUCGAUGAAAAUUUACUGAAACUCGCCAUAACGACAUAGAAGCUAAUAAGGAUAAAAGACUCAUUUUCAUUUUACCUUGCCAAUACUGUCAUAAUUAUGUAUAGUUGGACAUCAAACAUACCGUAUGUAAGUCAUUUCGACAUAUUUUGAUUAUAAAGGUGCAGCUACAUGAGCACCUUUUCAUUGACAAGUUUUUCCUAGUCGUGUUAUAAUUGGAAAACUUACCAGCUAUUACCAGCUAUUUUAGUCUCGAAAAACCUUUCUACGCGAAACGACUAUUGGUAUAUUUACAAUUAACACAAACUAGUUUUCCUUGACAAGGAGAACGUGAACAAAGUGCGUCUUAACCCUUUACACUGACCCUGAUAUCAGUACGUGUAUUCUCCACACUGUUUUCUAUACACUACCUAUUCGCCAAUUUUACAACGAGAAAGAAACCGGUUUCAUUUGUAUUUUUAUGAACUAUUAAUGACUCUUCACGCUCCGGCAACUGUUUCAAAACGUGCAUCCACGUGAUCAGUAGUUUGCCGCAUCACGAUGACGUAAUGAUUUGCCCAGAGUAUGAUGUUACUGGUGGCAACCGACUUGUGCAGGGUCACGUGCAUGAGCUUCACUCUGUUAGUCUUAUUCCACGUAAAAGAGGUUAGGUUGUCUUAUUUAACUGUGAUUUAACAUUUCUAAUCUUGCCUUAGCAAAUAAAGUCUGGGUGUUUUUCAGGCUGGACAGUUGAAAUUUCUGGCCUACCUUUGGGAUUUUCACGUCAUUUCGGCAAUAAUCGUACCAUUGUUUUUAGAAAGAUUUUCCAACUGUUAUCUUAAGCAGUUUUUGUAAAGGUGCAAAACAUUCUGCGCUCUAACUUGCUGGCAUUCUACUGACCCUAUUAGCAAGAACAAACUCGUCCUCUGCUACCAAUCCUAUAGAGUGUUUUCACAUGACGUCACAGCGGUCAUAUUGGUGUUCCAAAACAAUGAAAUGGCGGCCAUGUUGGUUUUCUGUGGGAGUUGGACGCUUUUCUUUAGUAAACGCCAGAUGGUGUGCGUCACGACCCACAAAGGUUCAUUGGUAAAACUGUUUUUCUGCCUCAUUUCAAUAGUGAUAGGGUCGAGUUCGCAUCUCUUGAGAGAGAUGAAUCAAAACCCGGGAUUAAAACACUGCUUCCUUUUCUGAAAAACAUUACGGGAGAGAGCGAUUUGGAGAAUUUUGAAGAUCUCAUACUGGCCUUAGAUGCUUGCUAUUUGCUUCAUAAGGUAAUUUCCAUAAUUUUAUCGCGAUUCGGGGGCGAUCCAAGUUGCGAUUUUGGCGGCGAUUUCCUGCUUCUCAGAGGAUUUUAGCUACUGUUUAGUGCUGUGCUUAAAUGUAUAUUUCUAUCUCAGAAGAGUGAAAGAGAUCUGUAGUUCAUACCUGGAUUUGCUUAAGUAAAAUAUUCGUCCAUUUGAAAGUAACGUUUGAUGGACUUUAUUAACCGGGCAAGGAGGGGGAGCGCAAACAAAGAUCAAGUUGAGAAAUCUUGCAUCGUCUCUCAUAAAAAUUCUAUUUUCAUCGACAAUUUUAUUUUAUUUUGCAAUUAGCGACUGUUUGUAAUCCUUCUGAGUAAAUAAAUUUUCUAUACUAAUAGGCAAGGGAAAAAGAGACCAAAAGUAGCGCCCGAACACCUGUAGCACAAUGCCGGGGAAUUUCACCGAAGUUACGGCCGCAGAAAUAAACCACAAUCUUGUCUGUACGUUCAUUGAAGUGAGCGCAGUGUAUCGAUUUUGUUAACCUAACCUCACAGUUUUAAAAUCCCGUAGUAUGAUGUUGUCUAGAUCUUCGAUGAUGGUUUUGUGUUUUGGUAGAGAUUUAUUCCCUCGCGUAAGUUUACAUGAAGAUUUGCAUACACAUUAAGCACACACUGCAUACAAAUUGUUUUAAAGACAUGCUUUCAGUUUCCACACUGGGUUAUUUACCUUUCCUAGUUUUUUAUGAAACAAACUCUUCCUGGAUUUUGGAUUACUCGCUUCACGUCGGCUUUCGCUUCGGGAGUUGAGCUACUUGGCUGAGACAUGUACAAUCUCUUCAUUCCAAGGCACUUUCAACGCCUCAUACCGGGGAAACUAACAGGGGUAGACCCGGGUAGACCCCAAAAUUUAUAACGAAAGGUUGAAGUAACGAGUUGACCGAAAUAAUGCGAUAAAAUCGCCAACGGUAACCAGCAGUGAAUCCAAGAAGAGCGCCGAAAAUAACUCUCAAAUCAUCAUGGCGGCUUGCACAUGACCGAGCAAUUCAAACUUGUCACAAACGCUCAAGAAAGCAAAAUAUUUAAAACUAGCGCAACAGCUAUCAAGAUAAAGUGUUCCAACAACUUUCCACGACGGUAUAGUGUCGAAAUUGCCUACACGAACUUGGAAUAAAGCGAAAAUUUCACCACAUAUACCUCUGAAAACAGCUCUUUUCAAGCGCGAAAAUCACUCUGCAAAUGACGCAUUCUGAUUGGUCGAGUCUCGUGACGUACACCGCCUGAGUAAACGCUUUCUUUUUUCCAAUAAAUUUGUAUAGAUUCUCGCCACGUGAGUGAAAACGCGCUAUUUCCCCUGUUCCUUCUGUAGGUACCGAGGCACAGAGAACCACAAAAGAAACACUACUAGCCCCAGAAGAACUCUGUUGUUUGGAUCCUUUGUUUAUUUUGUGAUGACGGUACCUACAGAAAGACUCACUUCCCCUGUUCCUUAAUUACUGUUUCUCAAUUGUUUCACACCACCAUAUGUUAGUGGUACUAGACACAGGCCGUAAGGAGCUAUUCAUUGAGGUGAAGGGUAGCAGGGCAGGGGCCAGUAUUAAUGAAUGCGAAAAUUCUACCUCUACUUACGCACCUAUCAAUGUUAUGCCGGCGGGGGGGUGGGGGGGGGAGGCAUGGCAUGGGGUGUGGGGAUUUGAUUGUCUUUGUAGGCCCUGGGGUAGGACAUUUGAAUUAUCUUGUUCUCCCAGGUGGGGGAUAUUUGAAUCUUUCUUCGCCCGACGUGGAGAUAUUUGGCUUCCGACGAAAAAGACUGAGACCGAACAUAUGUUUCCCACUUCCACCCUUCACGCAUGCGGCGUACGGUCUGGAAAGAUCUGCAAAUCAUGGAGGCCAACGAGAACUAGCGAAAGCUGGGUGCAUUUCGCUGUUUUGUCUUCAAAUUUCGUUUGUUUUGGUAUGUUUUUGAUCAAUGGAACCUCUUAAGAUACUGUGGUAUCAAAGUAAACGAAAGUAAAGAGCAAUCAAGUCGAUUUUUGCAACUACAAUUGAUCAUGUAUGGCUCAUUCGCUACAACCACUGUAAGCUCAUAAAACUGACUUUCUUUGUACCCUUUACUAAGAACGGUAUAUUUAAAGUUACAAAAUGUAGACUUUCUCCUAAAGGUUUCUGUAUUCUACGCAGUGUAACACAGAUUAUGGUUAAAACGUAUAAUUGCAGCUGUAACAGGAACAUGUAUCUUUGGUGAUGCAGCAACGUAAUACAAAUAAAGAUUGCAGAGUUUUGUUUCGAAAUAUUUUUAUUGUGCCUUUCUUGGGUCCAACCUUGGGAUAUUUGUCAGCAAUGUGCAGCCCGGGGUGGGGAAAUUUGGUUGUAUUUUUCUGGAAUGAUUUGCACUUGGGCAGUGAAUUUGACUGCAAAUUUUUGAAAAAUGUCAAAUCCCCACCCCAUGCCCUGCCCCCCACCAGCCGCCUUUACAUUGAUAGGCGCAUUAGUGCCUGCCGUUAUAAUUAAGGUAUAUUUUUAACAACCGUUUUACUCAUUAUUUAAAUAUGAGACUGGAAGUCGCUUGGUAAACAGUGGCUAAUAAGAACAGCCACUGGAUGUACUACAAUUAUAUAGAUAGGACGCCUUGAUCAUUCCAGUAUAGUCACAUGUCUUGAUCAGUCGGAGACCUCUUACUAAAAUAGAAGUCGAUGGUAACAGGGAAAUGUAGACAAACUGUUUUUAAAGCUGUUGAUUGAUUUUCAUAAUUAAGAGAGAGCAUGGAUUAGCCUUGGAGAGAGAACCUUUAAAAAAGCCGGAUUGGUUGUUUUCUGUAAUGAGAUAUCAACAGUAUUUAGUUCUUACUUAUUUACCCAUAGAGAUAUUUCUUUCUUGAUUGUUUGGUUUUAUCUUGUUAUUAUUAUUUUUUAAUGACAACUCCACAGGUUGAUUAGCGUUAUUUUGCUCAUAGAUCCUACAAGCAACCCACCAGAGGUAACUUUACCUCUGCUCAAGACUGAGGAUCUUCCUGAAACAGCGGUACCAUGGGAUGACGGCCGACUUCCAACUGACAUUUUGUUACUAACGGUAGAGGACUGCGAAUUUCUAGGCUGCCUUUCGUAUCUGAAUUCCAGAUUUUGUAGAAGUUACUGCAAAGAACUUGGUUACGUAUACUUUGGGGAACUGGGAAGAGGUGAAAUGAAGGUUAAAAUGGCUGUAAUGAAGUGCUACAAGGGUUCAAUCGCCGCAGGAGGCUCUGCAGUCUCUGUAUCGGAGGCUGUCAGAGUCUUGAGGCCCAAAGCCGUGUUUCUAGUGGGUAUCUGCCACAGCUUAAAAUCCAGUAAAGUCAAAUUAGGAGACGUGGCUAUUUCAGAGAUGUUAAUAACCUGUGUUCCAUCCAGUGAUGAAGUCGGCGACAAAGUUCCGUUGAAAUCCCGUCUUAUGAAGGUGAUACUUAACGCUGGAGAUGGUUGGAAAGUGCCUUUAAAAGAUCCCAAGACUUUAAAGGUGAAAAUACACCGUGGUGAUUUUCUGAGUGUUCCAGGGGUGAUUGAUAACAACGAAUGCCGCGAGAUACUCAUCAAGCGCUUUCCACAGGCAAUUGCUAUGGAAUUGGAAGGGCAAGGUAAGCAUAUUAUGACAUACGGUGAUAGCCUGCGUAACGGGCGUUCCUUAGCCGAGCGCGAAACGAAAGGGAGACCCACGGAACUGAUUGUCUCCCUUCUUAUGCUCGGCUAAUUAACGCCUGUUAUGCACACUUAUUAUGACAGUUUUAAGCAAUUUUGUAGGAAGUAGAGUUUUAUUUUAGGAAUCUUUUUUCUACUAAUGAUGACACCUUAAUUAACUGGAAAAGCGAGAUAUCGCCCCAUGUAACGGGAAUCCAAGACGGUCUAGGAUUCUGGAUUCAACACCGUGGAUUCCAGAUUCCAGGUACUGGAUUCCAGUCUAUCCAAUUCAAAGUGGACAGACUGCAAGUUAUAAUAGUUGCUAAAAGAUAUAACUACAGCUGUACGUGUCGUAACUGUUCAUCAGUAGCAAUCUCCUGAUGUAAACUACUGAUGUUGUCAGUCAAUGUUACGCGGGUAAUCUUUUAGAGGACGGGUAGCUUGCAAACUAAACUGAACGCAGGGUUGUCGGAACAGCAACAAGAAGAUUUAUCCCACAAAUGAACGUAGUUUCCACGAAGUAAAACUCCACAACAGCACUUAACUCGAUAAACUUACACGGCCUCCGCCAACUUCAAUUAACUUGAUAAACUUACACGGCCUCCGCCAACUUGAAUAAACUCUACCUUCGUCACACUUGACUAAACACGACUAACGUCAAACUGUCCUCGCUUGUGAAAACUAGUUAAAACUUAACUUAGACUCGCCUACUUAUAUACUUUUACAAUAAGAUUCUAGAACAUUCUAAAUAGUCUAAUUAUAGAAAGAUUACAAAAUAUACCGCUUUUAGAAACGCUUACAUAAGAUCCUAAAAUAAACAAACUACGAACUCUCGCGAACCUUCUAGAAAGUCACGCUAGUCACGCAAUACAAUUUUUCGUAACAGUCAAACUUGGAUUCUAAAUUCCAAUCGUUAGUGGGAUUCCGGAUUCCAUAAGCAGGAUUUUCCCGGAUUUCCUUGCAUGGGGCGAGAGAUAAUGGAUGUUUACGUAAAAAGAGACUUUAAACGUAAAUUUGUGUUUGUUUAUGAAUCCAAAAUCAGAAUCUCCGGAGUCGUUAAAGGUCAGCUGUGAGUGACUUCAAGACGCCCGUCUUUUGUUGUCAUACCCUUAAUCUUAUGAUCCAGAAAACGAAACCGUUUUACUUACCAUCUUGUUUAGCGUAUAGCUAAUAACCCUAUUGACCGCAGGUUUAGGUCAGUCGGCAAAGCACUAUAUAGCCUAAAAAACGGGAGUUUGUGAGUUCUAUUUCAAGCCCGGCUAAUAGCAGGGUCUCCCUCAUUUUACUAAAUUUAGGUUCUAUCAUUGUUCUGCGACUUCUAAACCUUAAUAGGUCGCGUAGUCCAUCCCGCAUUCUAUAGAAAUAGCAGUCCCUUCUUUAUUAAGGAAAUGAACGUAAACCCUUAACGAAAGGGAGUGUCCUUAAAAAGGCAUUUUACUUUUCGUGUAUCACUUUCUUCCACUUAAGGAAACCUAGUGUCCUGUUAGCCGGUUGUUUCAUCGUUGCGCCGCUUCUUCCCCAGAUACUUAUCCUGGUGACCUCUUUAAGAGAGAGGCAAUGCCUCAGAUAAUGGUUAUUAAACCACGGUAAAAAGAGCAGCAAAAACAUGCAACUUGUUUUAAAACCGCUGCUGCUAAACGUGUUGAAAAGCAGUGUUGUGCAUUUUACCACCCACUAAUAAAGCCUAUCUGCUCUCUUCUAUCUGCAGCGAAACAACCUGAGUUGUUGUGGGUGGUAAAACGCGCAAUAUCGCUUUUCAAGUCGUUUAGCAGCAACGUUGCGAAACAUGUUCCACGUUUUUGUUGCCUGUUUUAGCGUAGCUUAAGGGAUUGCAUUCUCCAUCCUUCCUUUCACGCCUGUGGAGUCGAAUUUUUUAGCAACCUGCCCCUUAGAACAUUGACCUGCCUGGCUCUGCUCUUGGUAAUUUAUUUACCCACGUCAUUGACUUUAUUCCGUUUUAGGUCUUUAUGUAGCAGCCCACGCCUUGGACGUUCCUUGGAUUAUUAUUAAAGGCAUUUCGGACUACGCAGAUUGCAGAAAAUCCGAUACUGAUCGGUGGAGAUCGUUCGCGAGUUUAAUGGCCGCCUCCCUUACUGCUCAUAUUCUCAGUGAUCCCGUCGUUUUUCAAGACUGGCCCCACUUUAAGGAGACACGUGAGUACUACAAAAAGUUACCCGUUACUGGAAUAUUUCACUUCUUUUACACCUUUAACCUUACACCAAUACAUAGUUCUACAAAUUAAGCUUCAGUUCAGUGGCCUGCGCCACUUCUAAUGAAUCUCACCUUUUAAAAUACUGACAAAGUCAUCACUCAAUCAUUGAUUCACUUCAGCAGUUUGUUCGCGUACACAAUUGGCCCUUUGCAGAUUACGGUCACAUGGUACAAAAAACACCUAACUGGAUGGCAAACGACGCAGAGGGCAAGAAAAACAAACAGGUUACAUCAUUUAAAAAGCUAAUAUCCUUUCUUUUCAAGGUCCUACUGCGUCGUUUGCCAUCCAGCAACGUGUUGUUUGUAUUAUUUGACUAUAUUUUGCAAAGGGCCCAUUGUCGCACUCAAAGGUUUUGAGUAGACUAUCGAUAGUCUCUAUUUUGCCUGAGGAAAAUAAGCCAGGAAUUACUCGCAACCUUGAUUCAGAGCGGACGCAAAUAGUUAAUUGUUGUCGCAGUCUUUGGUUUUCCCUGCAAGCAGAGGCCUCCUUUCCCUGCUAUUCGGCGCCCGAAUACCAGGAAAAAGAGGCCUCUGCUUGCACAGAGUCUUUGGAUUUAUAUAGUUAAGCAUGUAUUUUGCGAGUCUUUAUCAGUUGACAGUAAACAGACCUCUGACAAAACGUAGGGUGUCUAAACAGUUUUGACGAUAAUUAUAGGUUGAGAAGGAGUGCGUUUUGAAAAUGCAAACACGGAUCUUCCACUUGCGAUGUACUAAAAGCUGGCCAAACAUUGGACAGCGGGUUUUUAAAUCCUGUGACGGCUUCAAGACCUUUCAGGUGGCAAACGCUCUAUUACAUUUCAACGAUAGACAUUAGAAACGCCUGCGAAUUAGAAGGAUUCUUUUUACGCAUUUUACCGUAUAUACACCUCGGAGCAAGCUGUGGCUAGAGUAAGGAAAAGUGGUGACCAAGUUAACCUGGUCCGUUGAAAGUUACAUUUUGGGAUGAUCUUCAUCAACGCCGGGUUUACGCUUUUUAUUGCUGCUAAGUUGCUUUGAACUGCACUGGCUGUCCUAAAUGACCAAAUUUAUAAAUGACAUUGUACUAGCUUCUUCAUUUAAAAACUUCAUAUCGGAAGGGUAUAGUUCCAAGCCUUUUUUUCGAUAAUAAGCGUGUUAUCCCCUCCUUCUCCAGCAUAUACUUCUCAUUAUUGUAUAGGACGAUACUUGGUUAAGUAAAAGUAAUAUAUAAUAACUAUAUCUUUAAAUGUUGUGUUAUCCUCUCAUGUUGUGUGCAUUAUAUUCACACAGCACCAAAAUUUUUCUCUCUCAACAGAUUAAUCACAGAUAUGCAGGAAUCAAUGUCUAAACCCUCUUUCCGCUACAGAUUUUCCGCUGACUCGUCCCCAGUCGUCUC